CUGCUGUUCAACGUCUGGGUCAAGCUUUAUAGUGUAAGAUUUGUAGUGGUGGAUGAUCACAACCCUUACACGAAGAACUGUGAUUUUUCAGUUUGUUUGUUUGUUUUUUUUUUAAAGCAAGACUGACAAAGAAGUUGCAGCCUACGACAGGACAGAUUUAAAAAAUACCGUACACAUGGAGUUCGCAGACGACGCCAUUUCAGAUGUACUCGAAGAUAUGCAUAGGAGGAACGCUUUCGGAGACAUUGAAGACUCUACCGAAAGUGUCACUUCAACGAAUAUAAUUGAAACCGCUGCUACUGCACUGAGGCGGUGCAGUCUCUUGUUAGAAAAAUCACUCUUAUCUGAAGAAGACGAAGAAGACGAUACUGAAACUAAAAAGAAGAUGAUAACUGUACGAUCAGAUAUAAGCCAAGCUUUCGAUGAGAUAAUGCAGUCGUAUCGGGAUCGUCUGGAGAUUUUGACAUCCGUCGAUCGUUUCUUGUUUCGUGCCAGAAAAUUGGUAGACAUCAACGAAUCCACGACAAUUAGUGAAGAUAAUUUUUUGUUGAUAAACGAAUCCUUUAAGUUAAUGAGAUCAAUUCGAAAUAAAAUGCGUAAUAAUUCUGAGAACAUAGCAAAGAUUGGAUUUGAUCUUUUGGAAAAGCUGCACGCUCGUAUCCCCGUUGCGCAAAGUUCUUCUAAAAGAUCCCUUACAAGGCCGGAAGAAGAUAAGGCACUGGAUGUUGUCGUUUAUGAAGAGAAAUUACUGGCGACACAUCUGCCUACAUGGUUAAAGGCUGUAGGUAUGAUCAACGCUUUGCUUGAAAAAUCUGAGAAGUUAACUCCAUAUUUUGCGUUACAGAAAGUGUUGACUUUAGGCAAGGAACUCCUCCAGAAUAUGUCAAAAGCUGUGAAAACUUGCUUUGACAAUAAAAACAAAUCAGAGGUUAUUAACAAGAAAAUUGAAAAGCAAAUAGAACUGUCCAAGUUAUACGACAAAGAAAUGAAGAUUCAGCAAGAAGAACUCGACAAUGUAACUAUCCAAAUAGCUGAAUUGCGUGAAUCUCAGAAAAAGCUGGAGGAAAACAUCCAGUACCAUCAAGAAGUAGAGAAGCUUUUGCGGAGAGAUAGUGUAACAGAGGAGGAGAAAAUGAAGGCAAUAGAGUUAAUUAAGCAACCUGAUGAAGCAGAGCCUUUGAAAGCAGAAACAGAUGAAUCAAAAGCAGAAAAAGGUCCACAAGAAGUAUUAACGUUAUGUGAAAGAAAACUACAACUACAGAAAGCUUCAGCCAACGUGCUGAGGCAGAAUGUACAGAAAAUGGAGGCCAUAGCCAGUGAACUUGAGAUUUUAAAAGAAGAGAGAAUGCGGAAGAAACAAGAGCGUAUUCAAUUCCUAGAAAUUUUAGAGCAACCAGAAAAGCAAGAGCAUCCUGAACUGACAAGUAGUGAGCAAGUCCACGUCACACAGGAAGAAGGUGAUGCUUCUGCUGUCUCGUCGUUCACGCAAGACUCAAGCACAACACAAGAGGUGUCAAGCAGGCAGACAACAGUAUCCAGUUCAGAGAGCCAGCCAAGAGGUGACAAAGAGCCAUCAUCUCCAGAUUCUGUUCAGAGAAGCACCAGCAGUAUCAGAUCAGCAGAACUUGAGACCGCUGAAAAGACACAGGCCCAACUUGUCUUGAUGACCAUCUUGAACCAGUUAAAAGAAAUGAAAGAGUUUUUUGUCAGAAUGUUGGCAUCUAAAGAAAUGGUUGAACUGGCAAAGCAGCUAGAUUCUUUAGGAUGUUGCGAAACAGAUGCAGACGGAGUGCAGACCAUAAAACUGUCAUCGCCCCACUUCAGAAAUGUACUGGAUCAUAUUCAGACUAUUCUAUCCAAAGUUUUGCGGUCAUCCAAAGUUUCUCGGCUUGCAUCUAAAAAAACGGUAGCAGGCAAUGUGAUAAAUCUAACAGGAUCGACUGCAGCUAAUGAAAAACGUAAGGAGCUGGAGGUCGGUUUUGCAGACCUCUUUAGAAAAUACCGGGAUUUGUGGUUUAUGUACUUCCAGCUGAGAGGGAGACUGAAAAAUGAAUAUCAAAGAAGACAGAGCUCGUACAAGGCGAGACCACUUCAGUCGAUAAGGACGAUACGUUCAAUGCCAAAUCUACAAGUGAUGGAUGUAAAACAUGAAAAGCCCACCCAGACGAUCAGAAGAAAACAGAAACUGAUCAUGGACAGAAGGAAAACAUCUCCUACACCGGCAAAUCUGCGGGCAAGGGGUAAAAGCAUUCACAAGCCCAUCGAGAAGUUUUCAGACCUAAAAAUGGAUCUGCCAAAAUCUUGGAAGGAGGACUUGCAAAAUGUUCAGGAAGCAUUUGCAAAGGGAGAAAUAGAUAGAGAAACCUACAUGGAAGCCUUAGUUCUCAUGCUAAAACUGGCAGCUGUCCUGCAGCAGAAACAGGCCCUUUUGGGAGAGGGAUUUCUGAUGGACCGACUGAAGCAGUCUCUGACAGCAAAGAUACAGAAAAUUUUGGAGGCUGUGACUUCUGAGCAUUUUCCAUUAUACUUGCUGAUGAAAGAUGCUGAUUAUCACAAUUAUACUGCAUUCCUUCAACAAAUGAAUGAAGAAGACAGGAAAAUAAGACUGGAACAAGAGAAGCUAUUUCUGUUUAUGAAACUUGAAGAACUAUAUGAAAAAAUAAGGGAUAGAGCAUGUAGAAGAAAAUCAAGAGUUAACACAAUAGAGCUUGUCGCAAAGGAAACUCAGAAAAAGUUAGCCCAGUUGAGGGUAACCCAAAGCCUGGCUUCUUAUCGGCCAGCUCCAGCCCGACUGGAAGAUCAAACACCUACUUUCUUUUCAUUUUCUCAAUCUGGCAUCCCAAAAGUAAUCAGAAGCCUGACAAAAAUCCAAAGACAAACAAUUUUGGAAGAAGCAGAAGAGGUACAAGAUCUGGUGUCAGAAACGCUUGCUAGUGACUAUUCUGGGACUAUUUCAGAAGAAGGAAAAUUUUCUCAGCAACAGAAGUUUGAUCAAAAGAAGCUUACAAAGGAAGAGUUCACUGGAGCAUCCAGUCCUGUUCUUGACAUUGCUUCACAAGAGGCAACACUUCCUCAUCUUCAAAAAAAGCCCAAGAACUUGAGAAACCCUGUAGCCCUGCUGAAAUGAUUUCAACAAAGCAUUCUGUACUAUCCAAGCAUCAUAAAUUCAACUUACCUUUGCAGAGACCUCUAACACCAUUUAACUCCUUGAUGCUAACUUUACCUCCAAUGCCAACACUGCCAACAGAAAAGGAUCCAUGUCCUAAGAAAGUCAAGACUGUCAGAUACAGUAUAAGCAGUAAGGCAUUGACUUCUGUUCCUUCACACACUUCACAUGUUCCCCGUCGCAAGGAGGAGUAUGUCUUUCCGCGCCUUGACUCCUCCAAAAGACCUACUUUUCCUCAAAUUAGGUUGAAGCAUAAACAACUAGACAAAGUUCACGAAGAAAUACUAAGAGAUCUGCUUGCACCAUCCUUAUCAAGUUCACAAAAAGACCUAGCGGUGCAUGUAGCCCAGAGUUAUCACCCAGAUUUCCCCAGAAGCAAGCUUUGGCUUCAUAUCUAGACCAAACACAAGAAUACACAGAGUAUCUUCAGAAUGAAGAGCAUGCGUUCUCCUUGCUUAAGCAGGAACCACUGGGUAAACACAGAAACUCACCUGCAGGAUCAGAAAGCGAAAUUUUACCUGAAGAAGAAAAGCAAGAAGUAUUUUUACCCUUAUCAGUUGAUGAGCAGUUUAUUUUCGCAUUAGACCAGCCACCUAGAAUAACAAGAUCAAAGAGGUCCAUGUUCCCAAAAAUUAUCCCUGACCCUGUCACACAGUAUCAGAUCAUAAGGCAUCUUCUUUUACACAAGAAGAUUUUGUCUGAAAUUCAUUUGCAUCGCAAACAACUAAAAGACCAUAAAGAAAAACUAUCAAAAAGGCUGCCAUGUGCAUCAACUUUACAUAAUGUUGUUCUAGGCCAUGAAAUUAGCCCAAAGUUAGCAUCUAAGUCUCCACAGAUGCUACUGCAGAUCUGCAUAAAGGAUGUGAGCAUGCAGAUCAUGAACAAAGCUAUACUUCAGAGACUUCCACAGCACAAAGCUUCCAGUCAACAACUGAUCUUAAAUGUAAAGAAAUGGAUUCACCAACUUGAGGAAAAACUAGAAGAAAGACGAAAUGGGAAGCCAGCAACUUUGCCAGCCCUUCCUACAGAUCUCAUUUGUUUUCUGAAGGAAAGUAAUCUGACCUUGCCUUGUCGUCUUUGGACUCUGAGCAUAGCCUGAAGCCUGAUUUGACUGAAAAUGAAGGUGCCUCAUUGCCUUUGGACAUUGAGAAUAAAUUGGAGUCUGUAUCACCAAAAUAUGAUGAGGCAAUUAAAUGGUCCAAAAGACGCCAGUUUCGUGCACUGAGUGAAGAUUUGGAUGACACAAGUGGUUUGAGUGAUAGUCCUUCAGGAGAAAUGGCAGAUUUCUGCACGGAAGUACCCCUUUUGUUUUACCUUGAUGCUGAGCAGUCUCGACGGAAGGCCAGUCGGAUUCUCGAUCUGAUGGUAAAUGAAGAUUUGACCAAAAUCCCAACAGAACCUUGCUGCCAGCACGUGUGGAACAAGUUUUUAAGUGAACAGUAGGAAGAUUACAUUAUUUUGAUCCUGUUUCUUUUACAAGCGUAUUUAAGACAUUCCCUAACAAAUAUUACCUCAAUAAAUAUGAAAGUGUUUGAGAAUGUGAUGGACCUGUUUCUUUGCAUUUCUUUGACCAUAAAUCUUCCAAGAAUUUAUCAAGUGAGAUCAGGUACUAUCCUGGACCACAACUGAGUAAUAACGUACAUCAUCAAGAGCCAAGACAAACUCCUCUAACCACCUUUAUUUCUGCAUUAUGGAGGCAUACAGUGGUCAAAAAUGUCCCAGUACAACAGUCAAGAUUAAGCACAUUAGCCUGUCACUCAUCAAGUUUAUGGCGUAAGCUUAUGUUACAUCCAGCUGACGCUUGGGCAUAAUUCAUGUAAUGCCUAAACCUGUCAUUAAAUAGCCAACCAUUGUUCCUUUUUAACCUGUUGAGUGUACCUCAGUCCUAGUUACAAUCAACAUGUAACUUGAAAUGCUAAAAUUUACCUUUGACUGGAUUACAAUCAGCAUUUAACUAGGAAAAAAAAGAAAUUUUAAGCACACUUUUGUCAGUCUGCAUCGCAAUCAACAUUUAAGAUAAAACAUGUUAAAAGUAAUAAACACUGUCGUUAAAGCCUGUGAAAAUGUUCAGAAAGGAAAAUAUGCAUUAAAAAAUUGUGGCCCUGCCAUGCAGCAUUGUGGGAUUGACAUAGCUAUAGUUGAAUGGCAUCCAGAACAAUCUGAAAUCUGUUUAUUUCAUAUAAAAACAGCACAUAAGCUAGCAACAGGUUUGAAUGAAAAUUCUCAAAAUCUGGUGCAGGCGGGUCUUGAAGGAUAGAUGCACAAAGGUUUUCUUAACAUCUUGUGGUCACUGGUUCCACAUCUUUGAGUGUUAGUCUGAUCUCACUGCAGCCUGAUAAAUUCUCCAUUUCUUUAAGAUUUGUAUAAGUGAAUAAUCUGGUCUCAUCACUUUUCACUUUACUAGUUUCUAAAUGUUGAACAGUUCUGCAAAGUGCUGGCUUUAGUUGGCCAAAGUUUGGAUCCUGAUGGAGAGUUAAGUAUGUGUACAGUGUUUAGUAUAUUGUUUCUUUUAAUGUCUGCUUGUACCUAAAACAGCAAUGUCAUUCGGAUAAUGAGCAGAAAGAAAAGGGCAUGUGUAAAAUGCAAUCCCUUGGUUUAUUAUCAAAUCCUAACAAGUCUUGGUAAAUGAUAUUAUUCCUUAUUAUGCCUUAAACUUUAACUUAUUUCGCACAGCUGCCAUUUUGUAGAAGUGAGCUUCGUAUAAGUAUUAAACUCUGGAAAAAGAUAAUCUUUAGCCAGAGGCACAGAGGUAUAGAUGACACUGACCUGGACUGCACCUAUGCACACAACUACAACUUAUGCUGACAUGAACCAGAAUCACAGUCAUGCCACACAUUUAUUGGUAAGAUUUUUUCCCACUUACGAGCUCAUCAGCCUUAUGAUGAGGUCCCAAACAUGACCAGACACACCAUGACAGAAAAGAGCUGUAAUCAGACCAAUUCGCUCUAGAUCAGAGCAAAACUGAUGUGAAAUCAGCCUUCAUAUUCAAUAAACACUUGUUUUUAUAUUCAACAGAUAAUAAACAUUUCUAAAAUGUGAGCUUUUGCUAAUUUGAUGCAUGACAUCCAGCAAACUUGUGUUUAAGAUAUGUCAGUUUAUUCUGAUUUAAAAAUCUUCUGGUUUUAGUUGUCAUCACAGCACUAUACAGUACUUGUCAUAGGUAGACCUCUUACACAUACAGUUACAAAGCUGCUUGAGCCUUAUAUCCUCAGUUUGCUGUCUGCUAAAACCUUUAAAGCAUAAUUGUGAAAGAGUGUAUUUAAAAUGUACAUUUUGAACAUUCAAAAUAUGUCUACACAGCAAAGAAUUUGAUCUGACUUAACUCAAGCUGUCAUCGUCGAAUAAGGCCAAGUUAUAGGUAACAGAAAAUUCACUUGGUAACAAGCAUGAUUAUAGAUGGGCAAGAGACCAGUUAGGACGAGAAGCAAAGCUCCUUACCACCACAUACACACUAAUUAGACAAUGUGAGAGCAGACUUACCACGCAUUCCUGUCAAUAGUACUCGGAGGCAGCUUCACUAGUUGCCUCUGUCGUCAGGAGGCACACAUACAAAGCAUAAUUGCCUAUUGUCAAACUGUUUCAACAAAGUCAACUCUCUAGUGUUGAAUACACAAAAAUGUCGAGUCAUGACAAAGCAAGUAACUUGAUAAACCCCAAAAGCAUAAAACAGUCCUCCCAGAAGAAGAGUAUAUCACACACAUAUCUUCUGCAUGAUAAACUUGCAGUUUAUAGACUAAUACUCAUCCACUCAUUUGCAAAUGUAACAGCAGAAAACAAAGAUACACAUCAUCAUAUGUGCCCAGCACCCUGCCACUUCCAGCAAACUCACCCGCAUCAAGCGUUCUUCACAAGAAAAAAUGAGACUUGCCAAUUUUCCAGCUGUCUCAUUUAAAAAUUAGACAUCAACAUUUGCUUGAAGAGUUAACUUCUCUGCCAAGAAACAUAAAAACAACACAUCUUUGUAAACCUUACAAAAAUGCAGCACAAGGCUCAGAUGAUGUAUUCAUUAAAAAUUGGACAAAAUAGGUCACAUGAGGAUGAGAAAAGCUUGUGGUCUAUGCUAUUAUUAAGCCAGCUAAAGAAACAAUAUAGCACUUUUGUUAAGGAAUACUGAGUACAGCUGAAGAUCAACAUGAAACAUGUUUGCAUGCCAAAACAAAAGCACUCCCCCAUCCCAUGUUACCAUCCUUAUUGAUGACUUGACACUCUUUGAUUCAUCACAUUACAAUGCAGGAAUCAGAUUUUUUUUUUUUUAAUGCUAUAAGUAAAAAUUAAUAGUUUCCAACAUGCCUGCAUAAGAAUAACAUUUAAAAAAACACAUGUAUAAUUUAUUAGUCUUCAGAGAAUAAGGCUCUGGUAGAAGAUGUGAACAAUUCCUAGAUUCAAAAUAAAAAUAGUACUGGGGGUGAAUAGAGUAAUGAAAAGCAGAAAAGGACAAGCUGCAUGUUACGAAUACUUACAAAACAAUUUAGGAUUUAUUUUUGUUUCGCUACAGGAAAAUAUAAAAAUGUUGUUCUUCAGUGACUCUGAAAGCAUGAGCUAAGGGUUUGAGAACAGAAUGUCUGAAAAUGGGAAAUAAUAUUUGUUAGUCUACACCAGCACAACCAUUUCAGAUUAUUAGAAAAGUUUACAUAAUGCUUAACCACAUUUUUUAGUCAUACAUUUUGCCUUGUAUAUCAUGAAGUAUCAUUAACUUGGCAAUGUUACUAAGUUCAGUGGUUGAUUCUGGAGACUGUUUUGAAAGUAAAUUGGUAGGGAAUGCCCCACUGUUACCAUAACAUUUUGCAGGAUGCAGCUUGUACACACAAAUUACUGUUUUGUUGCCAUUAAUCAAGCUUGGAAAAACUACAAAAGCUUCACUCAAAUGAAGAUUUUUAGUAUUUACUCAUGCUUCCUAUUUCUUAUCUAAGUCAGACCCAUAAGAAAAACUAAGGAACUGAGAAACUUGCAUUUGCUAUAGAUUAAAAAAAAUAAUACAUUAGGGGUUAAGUGCAUGUUAGAAAGCUGAGGAACAGAGUAAUUAUAGAAGCAGGGAGAACACAAGACCAAAACAUGCUUGAACAAAAAAAAAAAAAAA